AUGGCUCCGAAACUCAUGACAAUUCCGGCGGAGCUUCGUCAGAACAUCUUUCGACAUCUCUUCUCCGACCUCAAGAUCCGCUAUCGGCCACGACUGGACCAGCCAGCUGUCGGGCUUCCAACUCUGAGUGUGAGUGUCAGAUGGAGUCGUGAGGACGGCCUCAUUCACGAUCCUCUCGAGCACUGGUACAUGGUCGGUCGCGCGAAAGAUGCUGCGAUUUUGUUCGUUUCGAAGCAGUGUCACGCCGAGAGCCUUCACCUGCUUCUGACUACGGCUGAGGUCAACAUUGCGGAAGUCAUAGAAGACCAUGAUGGCUCGGUAUAUCCUGUCCAUUUCAGCAAUACCGUCAUGCCUCAACUCAUGUAUGUCCGCUUGGAUAUGUCACAGUUAGUCCGGACCAGUGACAUCGGUAAAAUUGUUUCUCUAAUGCCAAACCUAAAAUCAAUGCAGUUCGAGCUUGCGGAAGCCGACUACUUCUUCUCUGCUCUGCCCGACACUCUGAAGUUCAUCAAUAAUGUCGCUUGGCCAUGCGAUGGUUCGCUGCAGUGGAUAGCGGACAACCCAGAGCGUCUGCAAGGCAUCGAUGACGACAAUGGGACUCUAAAUGAGAGACAACGUGCCCAGUCCUUGCUACAGGCAUGGAACGCUUGCGGUAGAAGCUUCGAUCUGGUGCUGUCUUCGACAGUCGGUAUGAUAGAUGAUCACAACGAUGUUGAGACCGAGACGAUGUGUUGGAUCGCAACCACAGAUUUCGCAACGAAAGUCAUGACUCUCAGUCAGGACCAAACCAGGGAGACCAUCUCGUUUGUCAUCAACAAGCUUCAAACGUAG